ACGUACAAGUCGCUCUGCCGCAGCCAACCGCGUAGCCAUCCGGUGGCGCAGGUGUCUGGGGACCCCGAGCGCCUAGCCUGGGAGCAUGAUCGUGGACAAGCUUCUGGACGACAGCCGCGGCGGAGAGGGGCUGCUGGACGCGGCCGGCGACUGCGGCCUCAUGACCAGCCCGCUCAACCUGGCUUACUUCUACGGCGCCUCGCCUCCUUCCGCCCCCGGCGCCGGCGACACCGGCUACCUGUCCGCCGUGCCCUCCGCGCCCGGCUCGCCCGGCUCCGACUCCUCCGAUUUCUCCUCCACUUCCUCCGUGUCCUCCUGCGGGGCCGUGGAGUCCCGUCCCAGAGGUGGCGCCCGCGCCGAGCGCCCUCAAGUUGAGCCCCACAUGGGGGUUGGCAGGCAGCAGAGAGGCCCCUUUCAAGGUGUACGCGUGAAGAACUCGGUGAAGGAGCUCCUGCUACACAUCCGAAGUAACAAACAGAAGGCUUCUGGCCAACCCGUGGAUGAGUUUAAGACACAGAGCGUGAACAUUGAGCAACUGACAGACCUGAAGAGUGCAGUGUCUGCAGUGGGGAAAAGAAAGGGACCGGAUCCUCUGUCUGAUGGACCAGUUUGCAAGAGGCCAGCUCUGUUGCCUUCUCACUUCGUGACGUCACCGCAAACGCCUACACCUGGGGAGAGCAUGGAAGAUGUUCGCCACAGCGAAUCCAAGCUGGAUAGUAGUGCUGCCCUGCUUCAGAAUAUUAUAAACAUCAAGAAUGAGUGCAACCCAGUUUCACUAAACACUGUCCAGGUUAGCUGGAUGAGCCCCGCAGUUCCCCAGAACUCCCCAAGAGACCAGUGCCAGGAUUUCCAUGGAGGCCAGGCCUUCUCGCCACCUCAGAAAUACCAACCGUUCCAAGUCAGUGGCUCUCCACAGAUGAUGGACCAGGCGUCAAUGUACCAGUAUUCACCACAAACACAGAACAUGCAGCAGCCGCCACCGCCACCGCCACCCCAGCCGCCGCUGCCACCGCAGCAGCAACAUCAACAGAAUUAUCCCCACAACCCACCUCUGCAGUUCAGUCCUUAUUCUAGAAUGUCCCAGUCUCCCAAGUAUGAUUCCAACCUCUUUGAUACUCAAGAGCCACAGUUCUGCACAAGCCAAAGUUUCGUGUCUCUGCUGACUGGCCAAGGGGAAUCUGAGGCUCUUGCUGUUCCCGUUCAGGCUCCCACCAGCGUCCCACCCCAAACUGACACGCAGUUGCAGACCUUCAGCCUGAUGCCAAGCAAUGCCUGCGAGGCCGUCGGGGUGCACGAUGCGGGCUCGCAUUCUUUGGGCACCUCCCUGUCACUCCAGAACAUCAUGGGAAGCCCGAUGAACACCACCCAGCUAGGGAAGUCAUUUUUUCAGUGGCAGGUAGAGCAGGAAGAAAGCAAAUUGGCAAAUAUCCCCCAGGACCAGUUUCUCGCUAGGGAUGGAGACGGUGACACGUUUCUCCAUAUUGCUGUUGCCCAAGGGAGGCGAGCGCUCUCCUAUGUCCUUGCAAGAAAGAUGAACGCUCUUCACAUGCUAGACAUUAAGGAGCACAAUGGACAGAGUGCCUUUCAGGUGGCGGUAGCCGCCAAUCAGCACCUCAUUGUGCAAGAUCUGGUGAACCUUGGUGCCCAGGUGAACACCACGGACUGCUGGGGAAGGACACCUCUGCACGUCUGUGCGGAGAAGGGCCACUCCCAGGUGCUCCAGGCCAUCCAGAAGGGAGCGGUGAGGAGCAAUCAGUUUGUGGAUCUUGAGGCAACGAACUAUGAUGGCCUGACUCCCCUCCAUUGCGCGGUCGUGGCUCACAAUGCGGUAGUGCAUGAACUGCAGAGGAAUCGGCAGCCUCAUUCGCCCGAAGUGCAGGAUCUCUUACUAAGGAAUAAGAGCCUGGUGGACACCAUUAAGUGUCUGAUUCAGAUGGGAGCCACAGUGGAGGCAAAGGAUCGGAAGAGUGGCCGCACAGCCCUGCACUUGGCAGCGGAAGAAGCAAAUCUGGAACUCAUUCGCCUCUUUUUGGAGUUGCCCAGUUGCCUGUCUUUCGUGAAUGCCAAGGCUUACAAUGGAAACACCGCCCUCCACGUUGCUGCCAGCCUGCAGUAUCGGGUGACGCAGUUGGACGCAGUCCGUCUGUUGAUGAGGAAGGGAGCCGACCCCAGUACUCGGAACUUGGAAAAUGAACAGCCCGUGCAUUUGGUCCCCGAUGGCCCCGUGGGAGAACAGAUCCGACGUAUCCUGAAGGGGAAGUCCAUUCAGCAGCGAGCACCACCAUACUAGGUCCAUUGGCGUGGAGCCUGGUUCAGCGACACUCACUGUCAGUUAGGCAGUCCUGAUGUAUCUGUACAUAGACCAUUUGCCCUGUAUUGGCAAAUGUAAGUUGUUUCUAUGAAACAAACCCAUUUAGUUCACUAUUAUAUAGUGGAUUAUAUUAAAAGAAAAGAAGACAGAUAUCUAAUUUUCUUGGCCGAAUUGCGUAUUUCAUACCCAGGUAUCUGGGAUCUAUCUAUAUAUCUGAAUUUGAUCUUGAAUGGUAAAAUUGCCUUCAGUAACCAGUAGCUUUCGGGUAGG